GGUUCCCGCCCUCUCCGCCCCGCCUCCGCCUCCUCCAGCGGCGGCCGCCCCGCCCCCGCCAGCCCAGGGUCCCAGCGCCCGCGGUCGCAGGUCGCAGGCAUGCAGGGUGGCAGCGGCGAGGAGGGCGGCCUGGGACGCGCCGUGUGCGUGCUGACCGGGGCCUCCCGCGGCUUCGGCCGGGCCUUGGCGCCUCUCCUGGCCCGGCUGCUGGCGCCCGGCUCCGUGCUGGUCCUAAGCGCCCGCAACAACGAGGCGCUGCGGCAGCUGGAGGCCGAGCUGGACGCCGGGCGGCCCGGCCUGCGCGUGCUGAGUGUGCCCGCCGACCUGGGCGUCGAGGCCGAUUUGCAGCAGCUGCUCGGCGCCCUACGCGAGCUCCCCAGGCCCGAGCGGUUGCAGCGGGUGCUUCUCAUCAACAAUGCGGGCACUCUUGGGGACGUGUCCAAAGGCUUCGUGGACCUGGGCGACUCAGCUGAAGUAAAUAACUACUGGGCUGUCAACUUGACCUCCAUGCUAUGCCUGACUACCACCAUCCUGAAGGCCUUUCCAGACAGUCCUGGCCUCAGCAGGACCAUGGUUAACAUCUCAUCCCUCUGUGCUCUGCAGCCUUUCAAAGGCUGGGGAUUGUACUGUGCAGGGAAGGCUGCCCGUGACAUGAUGUUCCAGGUCCUAGCCGCAGAGGAACCCAGUGUCAGGGUGCUGAGCUAUGCCCCAGGUCCCCUGGACACAGACAUGCAGCAGUUGGCUCGGGAGACCUCAAUGGACCCAGACUUACGAGAACGGCUGCAGAACCUGAAGACAAAAGGGGAGCUUGUGGAUUGUAAUAUGUCGGCCCAGAAACUGCUAAGUUUGCUACAAAUGGACACAUUCAAGUCCGGAGCCCAUGUUGACUUCUACGACAAAUAAGCCAAUGCCUUGGCUUCCUGGGGCUUUCUUCCCCCUCCCUCAGGCACACCCAGGAGCCCUGUGCCACCCCACAUCCUGCCACAAUGGCACUGCCCACCCUGCCUUACCUUGGUAAAGUCCGCCUUACCCAGAUAAGCACUCCUACCUACUGUCCUGCCCUCAGAUCCAGCUAGCAGCGAGGGCCUCAGAUUGCUAGAAUCCCAGUUCUUAGGAGUCUAUUGACCACCCUGGGUUAGGGGGAGCUUGGGCGAGAGAAAUUGUGGUUGUUGACUUUCUGUCUCCCCAGAAAUAGAACUUUAGGGAUGGAAAAAGCUGGACAAGAAGCUGAAACCCUGAAGAGGAGUUGGGUCUCUCAUGGCCAGUCCAUGGCUGAGCUGGUGUCAAAUGGGAGGGCCCACGUAGAUUCACCGCCCACAGGGGAGGGAGGACAGUGCAAAUUCACACGAGGAUGCCCCAUGGUCAUGGUAGCAGGACCUUGUGUUGAACUUGUCCUCAUUCUGAUGCCUCCUCCCUCCAGAACCUACCAUCUGUCCCUCAGUGGGGGGGGGGGGGAAGGAGAGUUUAUAUGCAUGUGAAAAGCAGAUACAAAUAAAAUGUAGAUUGUCCUUUA